AUGACGAUUUCUCCAAUUGACACACUCGAAGAGCUCUGGAGUUGGAAAUCACGAGAAGAUGUUGGCGAGCAAUACAGUGAGCAACUGGUUAACUUUAAACCACAUUCGGGUCGUCAAAUCCUCGUAUGCCACGAUAUGCGUGGUGGAUAUUUGGAAGAGGAGUCUACGGAAGGAAAGAAAUUCGAAAAAGACCGGUACCCGUACAUGUUCUUGAAUUGGUGGCAAAUCGACAUUUUCAACUACUUUUCACAUCAUUUUGUGACGAUUCCACCGGAAGAUUAUACACGAAUUGCUCAUAAACAUGGUGUUCUUUCACUUGGAACAUUCAUCACGGAAUGGAUUCCAGGAUACGAUAUUUGUUCGAAAAUCUUGGAAAAUGAGGGUUCGGUAGAAAAAACAGUGGACUGUCUGGUGGCUGUUGCGAGAUUUUUUGGAUUUGAUGGAUGGUUGAUUAAUAUUGAAAAUAAAAUUGAUGCAGGAAAAAUCGAUUUGUUGAUUCAAUUUUGUUCGAGUUUAACUGAAAAGUCAAAGAAAAUGAAUGAAAAUUCGAAAGUGAUAUGGUAUGAUUCGGUACUUGAUAAUGGAAAGUUGCAUUGGCAAAAUGAAUUGAAUGAGAUGAAUCGAAAAUUCUACGAUGCUUGUGACGCCAUCUAUCUCAACUACAACUGGAAAGAUAAAGAACUUCUUCGAUCGGCUGAAUUUGGAGUUCUUGAUCGGAUCUUUGUUGGAAUUGAUGUAUGGGCUCGUGGUUGUGUUGGAGAAUUUCAUUGUGAUCAGUCAUUUGCAUUGGCAAAACUUUUUCACAUGUCAGUUGCUCUUUUUGCACCCGGAUGGAUUUAUGAAAAGUUUCCUGAGGAAAAUCAAAUUUGCAAAGGAAUUCACUUCUGGUCCAAACUUCUUCCACACAUCCGAACUCGUCCUCUAACUUCUAUAAACUUUGGCACCAACUUCUGUACUGGAAUGGAUCAAAAUUGGCACUACCGCCUGAGCACAGUGCAGCUUCAGCCUCAAAUUUUAAGCUCCUUCUGCCACCAAGUAAUUGACUCUACAGGACUCACUCUUUUUGGCAGAAAUCGAAAAUUUCUACUAUUCACUUUCGAUUCUGUCAACUACAGUACCCUGACCAUAACUUGCACUACUUCCAAUUCAAUUGACCUGCUUCUGAAUAGAUCUGAAAUUAUGGACAAAACCGGAGAUUCCACGUGGCAUAUUGACAAGCCAGGAAAUUUGGAAUCCAUCAGCAUCUUGACAUCAAGCAACGACGAAACUGUGAUCGAAAACUUUUCCAUUGAUUCUAAUUAAAUAAUUCUAAUUUCAUAAAAGUCAAUAAAACAAAUUUUAAUGCAC